CUCAGGAUGCUGCUGAAGCCAUGCCCAACAUUUCAGAGGUCGGCAAUGAACUGGCAUAUUAAGGGUUAACCUUAAAGUUUUAAAGCUUAGCUGCAUUCCUCAUAUGUUAGCGUUACCAUAAUGGGCAUUACUUGUGUGGCCUUAAUCGGGCCCCAGAACAAUCCAAUGUACCUGCGGAGCAUGGAUUCUGCCACAGACGAACAGUACCUGAAGUUGCAUUAUGUCGUGCACUGUGCAUUGGACGCCGUGGAAGAAAAAGUGCUGCUGAAGCGGGGCCCGGCUGACUCCCAAGACGCCUACCUGGGCCUCCUCUACCCCACAGAAGACUAUCGGGUGUACGGCUACCUGACCAACACACACGUGAAGAUGGUGUUGCUGCUGGACGAUGAAGGUCCGGUGAAGGAUGAGGCCGUGUUAAGGGUCUUUCGGCGGCUCCACGCCCUGUACGUGGACACCGCCUCCAACCCCUUUCACAAAUUCGGUCUGCCCAUCAGCUCACCCCGGUUCGAUUCGCAGCUGGAGCAAAUUGUGGCGAUGUACCCUCGACCCGGGGCAUCUUUGGGCGGCUUCACGACUUGACGGCUCAUGGUGGGGAACCGAAGGGGGUGAACGAAUGAUGACAAAUCUGAAGGAAUGAGUGAACGGGUGGAUGGACCCCUACUAGCUGGAUGGAGAGAUGAGGGUGUUUUCCACGCGCCCUCCGAUGCUCUUUCUCAUUCUCUGGCCCCCCACCCCAUGCCCAGCUUUGGAGGCAGGAAGGGAGCCCUUACAGGGCGUGAUAAAUGAGGGGGGAUGAGAUUAGCUCGAGUAAGGGCGCAGUCGAGGAGGAAAUGCAGCAAGGUGGUGAGAGAGAGAGAGAGAUGUUCAGUAGAGACACGGGUCCUAGGUAUCGGUGUUCAGCUCUUAUCGCGAUUAUAUCGAUAUUGGACAACUGUGUGUGUGCGUGUACAGCGUUUUACCCCGGGGGGCUCCUGGCUACAGGCCGUCCAGUUCGCACGCUAUCGUACAAGCGUUGUAGGCGAUGUUCCUAAC